AUGAGGGCUGCUCUCGGGGUGCUCUUGCCCUGCCUGGUGCUGUCGCUCCCCUCGGCGGCACUGCCCAGGAAAGAGGGCGCGGGGGAAAGGGUCCCCCCAAUCCACCCCCUGGAGCUGGGACUUGAAGGAGAGGAGAGAAAGAGAGAAAAUGUGAGUUUACAGGAAAGAGUGAGGCCCGGCUCGGCGGCGAGAUCGAGGGUGACCGUGGCUACUCGCCUCUUCUCGAAGCCUGACCCCGGAGCGAGAUGCUCCCCGGGGAUGGCUGAGGGUGGGGGCAUCGGCUGGGCCGGCUCCAGCUUGCACCCGUGGCCACUGGGGGGGCUGGAAGGACCCGUCUGCAGGGUGAAGAUGGACCAGGACGGGCUGACCCCGAGGCACCUGGAGGUUGUGGGGGUUCUCACCCACUACGAAAGCAACUUCAUCAAGCUGUUGAGACAAGGCACCGGCUGGGACUCUGAGAGCUCUCUGGAGACCUUCGGGCUCUGCCCGGCCGGGGCGGCGGGUCCUGCUCUCCAUCCCCUGAAGCGCAUCCACGCGCACGUGGUGGAGCCGGGGCAGGAUCGGUUCCUCGUGCUGCAUCUGCAGGAAGUGAAGUGGGAGGCCCAGGCAAAGCUGUGGUUCCAGCUGGUUUUCCAGGCGGAGGUGGGCCAGUCGCUGGGAGAGCUGCAGGUCGCUUUGCUGCUCUUCUACCUGGGCAACAGAGAGGGGCCCGGGGCCGGGCACCGGGAGGAGCUGCUGGCCACGGGCACGGGGCUAACACAGGAGCAGAGCCUCUGCCUGGCCAAGGACACCCAGUACCUGGUCCUGGGAGCCACCGUAGCGUCUGUCACCCGCACCAGCGAGGAGCUCAGCUUCCAGGCUUCCCUGGCCAUCAGGCGUGGUGGGGAGGGAGGUGCCCCCUUGUCCCCCACGGAGACCCAGCAGCUCCUGUUUGGCUCCGACGACAAGUGCUUCACCAGGAUGACCCCUGUGCUGCUCCUGCUGGCCAAGUCACAGCGGGAGGAGGAGGAGGAGGAGAUGGCUUUGGCUCCUUCAUCCUACCUCUCUGCCGACGGGGUGGUGGACAUGGCUCCCUACCCACAGCUCAGCCCACCCCAGGCCGGGACCGAGGAGCUGCCGUCCCCCACAGCCCCGAGCCAAGCCAACGCUUCAUCCCUGGUGCCUGGUGGCAGCAGCCAGUUCCUGGGCAUCCUCACCCAGUUCAUCCGCCAGGUCCUGAGCCCCUCCAGCGAGCCGCCCCCCCAGCCCAGCUCCCACCACUGGCUGGACUUCCAGGUGAUGGAGAGCCUCCCUCACCAGCUGCUCAACCUGUCGGAGGAGGCGGCGCUGGAGCGGCUGGUGCAGUCGGAGGAGCCCUCGGUGUUGCUUUUCCCCCAGGACAGCGGAGUGAUGCUGGAGCAGCACUUGGGGGACUGGCAGCCGGAGGGGACCGUGCUGCAGCUUCUGAUGGGCAAGCUGCAGGCGGUCAUCCAGGAGCUGAGGGACAUCCCAGCUUUCCAAGCCAACACGGGGCUUUUCCAGCAUCUCCUGAGCUUCUGCUACUACCCGCCGGGGCCGGUUGAGGCUCAGGCUGGUGAGCGGCCACCGGGUUCGGGGAAGCUCCACGCUCUGCUGCUGCUGAAGGCGCUGCAGACGGUGCGGGCGCGUUGGCAGGAGCGGCGGAAGGUGCUGCGGCAGAACCGCAGCGCCCGGCACCAGGCCCACUGCCGCCUGCAGGAGCUGACCAUCGACCUGCACGACCGCAAGUUCAUCGUCAUGCCCACCGUCUACGCCGCCAACAACUGCGAGGGGCCCUGCAAGCUGCCCCUCUCCACCCGCGUCCCCAGCUUCUACUCGCACACGGUGCUGCUGCUGGGCAUGCAGGAGAGGGGCUCGCCCCUCCAGCGGGCUCCCUGCUGCGUGCCCGUCCGCUACUCCGACCAGCUCAUCAUCAGCCUCUCGGCGGAGGGGCUGGAGGUCCGAAAGUUCCCCAACAUGGUGGCAGAGGAGUGUGGCUGUCGGUAG